UACACUAUGGGUUCCACCUGGUUCACACGCGCGGGGGCGGCGGACGGAGGGAGGGACGGCGCCGCUCGGGAGAGGGAGCGGGAGCGCGUGCGUCGCCGGUGGCCGAGCCGAGCCGAGCUGCGUCGCGGUGGUGCUCUCCGCGGGCGGCGAGAUUCAGCCCUGACCCGAGGAAGGUGAGGGGAAUUCUUCCUCGGGGGUGGGUUUGGUGCAUUCCGUGGUGUGAGAUGCGGGGGAUGAACAAGGCUUUCGGGGUUUGGGAUGUCGCGGGGAUUUGGGGGCGGUGGGUGGUUUUCGGCUGGGAAUUUGCGGAUUUCGUGGCUGCUAGUGGUGUUCCCGUGGCUUUACGAACAGAUGUAUAUGCUUGAUCUCGUGCGGCUUUCCCUUCUAUCCCUCUCUCCAUGGUUUGCUCGCGUUGGGGGGUUUCGAAAAAUUUUCCCUACUGUUAGUCCUCGAUUCUGGUCGUCGGCAUGGUGGCGGUCGCCUCCGCCUCCCCGCUCACCGCCGCGGCGGCGCCCUCCAUGUGCUGCUCGCCGCCCGCCUUCCUCCCUCUCCGUGCGCACCGCAGGAGGAUUUUCCGCGCGGAGGCGAUGAAGACGCAGCAGGAGAAGAAGCAGACCGAGGUGGCCGUCGAGGAGUCCUUCCCCUUCAGGGAGACGGCUCCUCCUGAUGAGCCGCUGGUCACCGCCGAGGAGAGCUGGGUGGUUAAGCUCGAACAGUCUGUGAACAUUUUCCUCACGGAGUCAGUCAUCACGAUACUUGAUGGAUUGUACCGUGACCGCAACUACGCUAGAUUUUUCGUCUUGGAGACGAUUGCUAGGGUGCCGUAUUUUGGUGAGGAUCUCGUCGUACAUGCUCGCUAUAGCCUGCAGCGUUUAUCUCUAUGCUUCACAUGUAUGAAACAUUUGGCUGGUGGAGGAGAGCUGAUUAUAUAAAGGUGCACUUUGCUGAGAGCUGGAAUGAGUUCCAUCACCUCUUAAUCAUGGAAGUACGUCUCUAGCUCUUUCUGUCUGCACAUCAGUGCAUUUAUAUAUGCUGUUUCUUCCUGUUUUGAUGUCCUUUUAGAUUAUGUUAGCUGUUAGCAUAUCCCGUUUUCUUUAACUGAAUAUAAUCUUUAAAGGAAUUCAACCUACUGCUUAUUGACACAUUAUCUGUUUUUUUUUAAUAUUUUGGUUAUGGUCUUUGAUGUUCUGACUUUAUUCCUCAUCUUGGUUCAUAUUAGGAAUUGGGUGGCAACUCUUUAUGAGUUGAUCGUUUUCUUGCAUGGUUUGCUGCAUUUUUUUACUACUUCAUGACUGUUGCGAUGUCACGAGCCCCGGCGUAAGAACGUAUGGGAUAUGAAUGUGUGAUUGGCGGUGGACGAGGGGGUUUGGUGGAACGACGACCCGUGAUGAACAGCAAGGGAUGAGCAAAUAGAGAAUAGGAGAUGAGAGAACUAGAGAUUGAAUCUGCUUAAUUAAACGCCACCGAAACUGUGCCUCUAAAUAGGCGUACACGAAUUAACCAAUGUGCUAAAAACAAGCUAACAAACUGAUAAACAGACUAACAAUCUGAACUCAUCCAAUCGCCGCACUGUAGUCAUCCGGCACGCAGCUUCCGCGCGCUACUCCGCCGUUCCGCCCGGCGACGCUUGCGGAACCACACGCCCUCUGCGACGAUACGUAAUCCCGACCAUGACAUGCGAUGUACAUGGUGAGCCCAAGAAUGGCAUGUAAGUGUGCACCUAUGCCAAUUAUGAAGUAAAACACUUCAUUUUUAUUUCCAUGCCUUUUAUGUAAUGAUAACGCUUGGAAUUGUUUAUCUUAUAUACAUACCGCUUUUCUGAAUGUGUUGAGAGGCAUGCGUACUCAACCUAUGACAAGUUUAUUAAGCUCCAUGAAGGUAAUAAAACGUUGAUGGAUUUGACAUCUCUCCUGUCGUGCAAAAUUUUAUCAUGACAACUAGACAUCUCAAAAUUUUUGUUGCUUUAUCUAGGUUGGACAGACUUUGUAAACCAAAGUGGAAAUGAGGGGACCGGGAAAACUAAGUAUUUACUUUUUUUAUAGGGAUAAGUUUAUGCCUACCUUUUGUCACAGAUUGCCCUUGUGUGAAUAAUUUGAUACAUGCGCCAGUGAACUUAUGUUAUAUCAGCUAUUUACUUCAAUUAUUGGCAAUCAGGAUUCAGGCAUGGUGUUUAUUUUAGUUUUAUAGGUAUCGUGUGCAUAAAUUCAAAAACAUGUAUUAUUCUUCCAUUUUUGAUUAAGAUGUCGGCUCUGGUAUCCUUUUAUGAUGUACUAUAUUUAGAUUUUUUUUCCGUCCUACAUAGUGGUUACUUGAAUUGUGGGAGAGUUGAAACAUACCUGAAAAAAUUAGCAAAGCUAGAUCCCCUAAGGUCUGAACACCAAACUGGUAGACUCUUUGCAUUACUAUCCAUUCAGAAGUUGAUGCAUUGUACAUUUUAAAGGGUGCAUUUUAAUAAACCAAAAUGUUGAACACUGCAACCAAUAACACCAUGUCUACCCGACCUGUCCACCAACUAGAAAUUUACAGGAACAUCACACUCUGUCAAUUAUAUUUACGUAUUUCUUGGCAAAAUAACAUCCUGAUCUGACCUUUGACUGCAGAAAUGUAGCUGAUGCCAUGCCUGCAUGCCACCCAUGAGUGGCAUACCUAAUAUCAAUAUCAAGGAAUGACUUCCUGUAGUGCUCUUCUUCCUUGAGAGCACACGCAAUAAGCUAUCAAAGAGUAUACAGCUUUUCCAAGAAAACGAAAGGGAACGACAGAGAAUUGCCACUCUCUAACCCAAGAAAUAUCACAGUUGCAAGAUCUUGGCAGCACACUUAUUGAGUUGUGGAACCUAAUGGACACACCAACUGCUGAACAGAAAUGCUUUGACCAUGUUACGUCUUUGAUUUCAGUCUCACCAAAUACAAAAAUGCCCCAAGGAUGCCUUGCACGUGAACUUAUUGAGAAGUUUACAAUUGAUCGACCAUUUUAUGUUCUUUUGCUUUAUUUGGAUUGUCAUUGAAGCUAACUUAAUUUUUCUGUAAAAUCCGGUUGAGGUUAAGAGGUUGAAUUCUUCUGAUCAUUGUCAAUACAACUAUAGCGAUUCAUUGAGGGUGGACAUUCAACGAAUUAUGUUUCUGCGCAAAAAAUGUACAAGCCACACCUGAUCUAAAAAAUUACAUCAAUGUUAUUAAGCGUUUCCUACAGCAUUCGAGCAAAUUCUAUGCUGAGACUGUUAACAGGACAUUCCUUAUGCAGAAUAGAGUUGUAAGUUCGUACACCUCCUGUUCAUUCCUUCAAAUUUAUAAUACAUACUGCUCGUUUUUUCUGCGCACCACAGAAAACUAACAUAACAUCCCAGUUGCAGUACUUUGCUAAAGAAUUUUCAGAGGUACAUCGAACCACUGAUGCACAACAGAAAAACAAUCAACAUUUAGGUCCAAGUAGCAGGAGGCAUUUCAACCGAGAUGAUUCUGAACAUGUCACCAGACGGGCGCUGCAACUUGGUGAAAGGAUGGGCAGAUUUCGCAACAAAUAAGAACAUAUCUCGGAUCAGUCUGCAUCUUCCACUUCUAUAAAACAACUUACUUGGAAGCUACUAUCGAUGUUCUCUAACCAACAUAAGAAUGCUCUUAGUCAUGCUGGAGGCAUCCUUUUGUUACCAGUAAACACGGACAUCACCAUGGACAUGCACCGCUCUCCGCCCCUGCCACUAUUACUAUACUAAUUAGUUCUGCGCCUUAUGUGCUUAUCACAUAGUUUAUGCUCUUCUGCAGAUGUCAGGCUCCAUCUAUAUAUAUCUACUUAUUACUAUUAGAGGCCAGUACAAUGCCUGUAUCAACACUCCUGUGCUAACUGGUAGAUACUUUUGAUGCACCUGUUUACAAGUGUUUAUAUACUACUCUAUGAAAUGAACUUAUGCACCGCAAGUGGUUAAAUUCUGACCAUGUUUCGUCA